GUACGUUGACAUGGACGCCUCAAAUCGCCUUACGGUUGUUUAGACUUAAACGCUUUUCUCGUGUCUGUAGGUGAUUGAGUGUAAGAGACUUAAAAACGGGAAUCGGCAUUAAAUUAUCGUUGUGGUUAAUUGGUUACAGCUCAGCUCGUCCCUUUGAAUUUUGAGGAAGACACGUCGACCCCCGGUCUCACUUCCGUCCGCUGACGGAUUUAUCCUCUCAGCUGUUGGGCGAAAGGUGGAGAGGAAGCAAACAUGCCUAAACCGAUCAAUGUCCGUGUGACCACCAUGGAUGCAGAGCUGGAGUUUGCCAUCCAGCCUAACACCACAGGAAAACAGCUUUUUGACCAGGUGGUGAAAACAGUAGGUCUGCGGGAGGUUUGGUUCUUCGGUCUGCAGUAUGUGGACAGUAAAGGUUACGUCACCUGGCUAAAACUGAACAAAAAGGUGACCCAGCAAGAUGUGAAAAAAGAAAACCCUCUGCAGUUCAAGUUCAGGGCCAAGUUCUUCCCAGAGGACGUUUCUGAGGAACUGAUCCAAGAGAUCACACAGAGACUCUUCUUCUUGCAGGUCAAAGAGGCAAUUUUGAACGACGACAACUACUGUCCUCCAGAGACGGCCGUGUUGCUGGCUUCAUAUGCUGUCCAGGCCAAGUAUGGAGACUACAACAAAGAUGUCCAUAAGGCUGGAUACCUGACCCAUGACAGACUACUGCCUCAGAGAGUUCUGGAGCAGCACAAGCUGACGAAGGAGCAAUGGGAGGACAGGAUACAGACCUGGCAUGAGGAGCACAAAGGAAUGCUCAGAGAAGAUUCAAUGAUGGAGUACCUAAAAAUUGCUCAAGACCUGGAAAUGUAUGGAGUGAACUACUUUGAGAUCAAAAACAAGAAGGGCACACAGCUGUGGCUGGGCGUGGACGCUCUGGGUCUCAACAUCUAUGAACACGACGACAAAUUGACACCAAAGAUCGGCUUCCCCUGGAGUGAGAUCAGAAACAUCUCAUUUAAUGACAAGAAGUUUGUGAUCAAGCCUAUUGACAAAAAAGCACCUGACUUUGUGUUUUAUGCCCCGCGACUGCGCAUCAACAAGCGUAUUUUGGCGUUGUGUAUGGGUAACCACGAGUUGUACAUGAGGAGAAGAAAGCCUGACACCAUAGAGGUGCAGCAGAUGAAGGCCCAAGCCCGGGAAGAAAAGCACCACAAGCAGAUGGAAAGGGCCCAGUUGGAGAAUGAAAAGAAGAAGCGAGAGCUUGCCGAGAAGGAGAAGGAAAGAAUAGAGCGAGAGAAGGAAGAGCUCAUGGAGAGGCUGCGGCAGAUCGAAGAGCAGACCAUGAAGGCUCAGAGAGAGCUUGAAGAACAGACUCGCCGGGCCAUGGAGUUGGAGCAAGAAAGACAGAAAGCACGAGAGGAGGCCGAGAAGCUGGAGAGGGAGAGACAAGCAGCUGAAGAGGCCAAGGCAGAGCUGGCCAAGCAGGCGGCAGACCAGCAGAAGACCCAAGAGCAACUGGCCACGGAGCUGGCCGAGUUCACAGCAAAGAUUGCUCUCCUGGAGGAGGCCAAGAGGAAGAAGGAGGAUGAGGCCACCGAGUGGCAGCACAAGGCUCUGUCUGCUCAGGAGGACCUGGAGAAAACCAAGGAGGAGCUGAAGACCGCCGUGACACCCGCGCCCGCUCACCCGGGCGGCGACGCCGAGCCCGAGCACGACGAGCAGGACGAGAACCACGCCGAGGCCAGCGCCGAGCUGUCCAACGAGGGCGUCUGCCAGCUGGACCUCCGCAGCGAAGAGGCCCGCGUCACCGAAGCGCAGAAGAACGAGAGGGUCAAGAAGCAGCUGCAGACUUUGAGCACGGAGCUGGCCGACGCCCGAGACGAGACCAAGAAGACGCAGAACGACGUGCUGCACGCCGAGAACGUCAAGCAGGGCCGAGACAAGUACAAAACGCUGCGGCAAAUCCGGCAGGGCAACACCAAGCAGCGCAUCGAUGAGUUCGAGUCCAUGUGAAAGCGGAGCCGCCUAAUUUCCCUCUACCUGCCCAGGCAAUCUGGUUAAAUUGCUCGUCGGACAUUGCCAAAGCUUAAGAUAGAGCCGCUCUGAGCCAGAGCCAGUCAUCAUUAAUCCUAAAAUGUUUUAGGAAAGAGUAACUAUAAAACCAAAAGCUAGGUUUUAUUUUGUACGGAAUCAACCUGGCCAUAGAAAGCUAUUUUUAAUUUUUUGUUGUUGUUGUCCUUGACCCAUGUAUGCAAAGCUUUAGUCGGAUCCCCUUCUUUUCUGCUUUUGUUUCUCGCUUGUUUUAUCAAUGGUUUGGGGAUAAACCAGGUCAUAUCAGCGUUUGGAGAGCUUCUGUUACAUCAUGUCAAAACAUAUCAAAUAUUAGAGCUGAAGUUACUUCACUAUGUCCUUUCAAUUCAAACUAUGAUUUAAUAUUUAGAGGUUUAUGUGGAAGAAACGGAGCUGCAGUAUUUUUUUUUUAAUGGCUGGCUGAUCAAAAACCAGCAGUAUUUUUUGAGAUUUUAAAUGAAAUCUUUUCUGUGAAUUAGAAGCGAACAAAGAGCCUCUUGUCAAGCAGCGAGUUUGGACAAUUGAAUGUAGCAAAGAUUACAAAGGGAAAAUGUCUUGUUUUUUUUUUUUUGUUUUGUUUUUUAUAUAUAAAAAUAUAUAUUCAUAGCAGUAACUAAUCAGCUUGUGCCACUCAGCUGUCGCCCUCAAGUUUAAAAGUAUUAUUAAAGAUAAGCUAAAUGGUUCGGUUGUAGUGAUGCCGUGUGGGUCUUUCCUUUGUGUGUUUUGGGCUUUCCAGUUGAGUCCCAGUGUUUCAUUCCCAGUCACCGUCGAUGGUUUUCUCUGCCUACCAGCUCACAAAGGAACCAAGGGCGUUCGAAGGACACGCGGACGGAUCGGUUCGGUGGUUUUUAAGGCGUGGAAGCUGAGCCUGGGCACCUGUCUGACUGGAGAGCUUAUGAAAACAUCAGUCCCAAGGCGGGACGCAUCUCUACCUCAGCAAUUAAAGCAGUGGUGACUGAAAGUCAAACACUUGGGAUGCGUCCUCCCCUCCCUGCCUUUAUGUAAAAGAAACAAAAUCAUAAUGUUUGUUUUUUUUUUUUUGUUCAAAUUACAAAGUUCCUUCCCCUAAAAUCUAUUACGUAAUUCAGAUUUAACACAACAGUAGAAUAUAGUUUUCAAUAAUAGUUUUAUCUUUGCUAUACCUGGCAGCUGGUGUUGGGUCAUAGUUUUAGGCCUGCUUUUUGUGUUAAACGUCUGUAUCCUCUAGUGUGUUUUUGCCACAGCAGGUGGAAAGAAAUGAUGUCGUGCUUCCAUCGCCUGGGGAACAAAACAAAACAGGAACUGGAAAACCAGCAGCCAGGCGUCGUUUCAGUUGCCGGCUCCACCGAAGGGGAAAACGCUUGCCGACAUGUCCGCCCAUGCUCUCAAACUCUCCGUGUCCGAGCCGUGAAAUCUUCAGUUUGACACAAAGACGCUGACGAUGUCGGCUCUGGCACCUGCUGUCACUUUUUGAUAUGAUUUUUUUUUUUUUUUUUUUUGUUCCCCCAUCUUUUAUUUCUGAUGUUCGUUAGUUUGUAUUGUUUAAGUUAGAGGUCACAGGUGGAUCAUGAUCCAUUUCUUUGGCUCACAAAUAAAAGUUUUGCAUUUUAAA